AUGUUGGCGGAGUCUUAUAAUAUCACUGGCCAACCCUGGCGGCCGCUGGCUGCAGCUAGAGGCUACAUACUGCUUAUUCCCGUGUAAGCCUUACGUCCUAAAGUGCCCUAUCAGUAAAGGGAGACAUUAUUGCGAUACUAUUUUCCUGAAAAACAUAACGGAGAUCUAGAGAAGCCGACGGCCGUUUUGUUGUGGUCCAUCCUCUCUCCUACCCCAAUACUCAGCAUAUAGAGCCUCAUUGGAGACCCCCUGCCAUACCGGAGGAAGAGGAGAAUGGGGCCAAACGAUUGGACAAUACAGCUGUGAGGUACCAGAGAGUUUAUUACAAGUUGUCCAAUCUAUAUUCUCACUGAGGAUGGACAAGGAUGGAUGUCAGAAGUCUGAGAGGAUAUUAUAUAUCACAAUGGAAAUCAUCUAUUUGCUGACUGGGCAGGAUUACACAGUUGUUAAGACGACAUCUGGUGAGUGUGAAACGCCCAUCAGCUGUGCCUCCAUCACGGAGCCCCCACCUCACUCACUGAUACAUGGGAGAGACAAUGAGUGGAAGAUCCUGGAACUCACCAACAAGAUCAUUCAGCUGCUGACUGGAGAGGUUCCUAUAAGGUGUCAGGAUGUCACUGUCUACUUCUCCAUGGAGGAGUGGGAGUAUAUAGAGGAACACAAGGAUCUGUACAAGGACGUGAUGAUGGAGAAUCACCAACUCCGCACGUCCCUGGAUGGAUCCAGUAACAGAGAUUCCCCAGAGACAUGUCCCCAUCCUCUGUAUUCACAGCAUUGUACAGAGGAAAAUCACAGGAUCCUACAGGAGGAUCAGUGUGAAGAUGUAACUGAUGUUAUGGUAAAAGAUAUAAAGGCAGAAGAGACAUAUGUUAAAUGUGAUCAGCAGUGUAAAGAGGAGAAAAUUCCUACAGAUAUCAGCACAGAUGGAGCCAGUAACAGGGAUUCCCCAGAGAGAUUUCCCCGUCCUCUGUAUUCCCAGGACUGUACAGAGGGGAAUCAUAGGACCCCACAGGAGAAUCAGGGUGGAGAUCUGACUAUUAUUAAGGUGGAAAAUUCAAAGGAGGAAGAAGAGAUGAGUGUAACUGAUAAUAAGGGUGAGUACCUGACUGAAAUUAAGGUAGAACCUAUGGAGGAAGAAGAGACGUAUGUGAGGGGUGAUCAGCAGUGUAACGAGGAGGAAAUCCCUACAGAUAUCAGCGCAGCAGAUGGACGCACAAGCAUGAAGCCCUCUGAGGGAUGUCAUAUUUUGUCUCCACAUUUUAAAAUAGAAGAUAACAUCACACAGAAUUCUCCAGGAGAAAUCCCCAUUACUCUAAAUAUACAUCCAGUAUCUCGCAGUACAGAUAUAUUAUCUGAUCCAUCUAAUUGUGAGGACUGUUCUCCAGCUAACUCCAAUAUUGCUGCACGCAGUACAGCUCACAGAGGGGAUAGGUACUUUCCCUGUUCUGAGUGCGGGAAAUGUUACACAAGGAAAUCACGUCUUGUUGCACAUCAGAGACGUCACAUAAGUGAGGAACAAUUUCCAUGUUCUGAGUGUGGGAGAUGCUUUACACAGAAAUCGUAUCUUGCUAUACAUGAGAGACUUCACACUGGUGAGACGCCGUAUCCAUGCUCUGAGUGUGGGAAAUGUUUUCCAGCAUCAUCAAGUCUUGUUAAACAUCAGAGAAGUCACACAGGUGUGAAGCCAUUUUCAUGCUCUGAGUGCGGGAAAGGUUUCACAAUGAAAUCCCGUCUGGUUCUUCAUCACAGAAGUCACACUGGAGAAAAGCCAUUUUUAUGUUCUGAAUGCGGGAAAUAUUUUACACAGAAAUCUGGUCUUGAUAAACAUCACAGAACUCACACUGGUGUGAAACCAUUUUCAUGUCCUGAGUGUGGGAAAUGUUUUUCACAAACAUCACAUCUUGUUACGCAUCAGAAAAUACAUAAUAAAAGAUGAGCUGGUAGACGUGAAACGCAGUACUGCAAAUAUUGCAAAGGCUGCAAAUUGUUUGGCUAAUCAUUUGUGUUUAAGUCCCAGCAAUAGCAGAAUGGUCAAUAUACAGUACCACCAGUAGACAAAACAUUGGUAUAUUUUCCACACAGCAAUCAACCUUUAACAAAGGGAGUAUAUAUUACACAGCCAUGGACAGCAUGAGUGAACAGGGAAGGAAAGAUGUCUGUGUGUUGCUAACCAAAAGCAAGUAGUCCUCCGUCUCCAUGAACUCUAGCCAAUAGCACUACGUGGAGACAGAUUUGGAAUAUCAGACCAUUCUGGAGAACAUCACAUCUUUCCUCUGAAAAUAGUGAUCAGUUGUGUGAACUCAUGCCUGAAUCAGGGAAGAAUUGUUAAUUCUCCAGUAAUCUGGGAUAUUGGCUUUCGUGGCUGUACUCGGGUGUUUCCAUAAAGGUGUAGCAAUAAGAAAAUCCAAAACUUAUGAUUGGUUGGUAUCUCUGGACCUGAUAUCUUCUUAGAAAUAUCAAUUACCAUUUGCCAGACAAGUGAUCUUGGGACCUAUUAAAUAUGAGAGGAAGUUCCGGGUGAGAUCCACAUCUAAAACACUGAUUUGGGUGACCAGGGAACAUUUUAUAAAGAACUCUAGGGCUCCUAUACUUGUAGUGAGCUUCAAUGACUGAACGUCUGUGGAAGCUAAUGUGGGUAAGUUGAUAAAUCUUCUCCCAUUGUUUAACAUCAUUAUGAAGGUGGCAUUCUUGUUGCCAUUGGAGAGACAAUAUCAGAAGGGUACUAAAGAAGAUGCUUCCCCAACAGUGUGUAAAUGAAAGUCAUGGUAUGCUUAAGAAGAACCCUAGAGGGUAUUUCCUCAACUUGUCUCUAAUUGGGGAAAGUACAUGUUGUUAUAUCUGACAGAAGAUCCAGAAUCCCUGCUCUGAAAGGCUCAGUCAGUCCGGUGAGAGACAUCACAUCAAAGACCGUUAAUUAAGUACCAUCAAUUCAACUGGAGAGACUUUUAUAAAAAUCUCCUCCAAGGCCAUAUGGACCAGGAUGGCUUUAAACUGUUGAUAGCAAAGUGGACGUCAUCUAGAGUUAUGGGGGCAGAAAGAGAAACACAAAUUUUGUCAAAAGGAAAACUUUUUGAUUAUUGUAAUAGUCUCCUGACCGGUCUUCCAAAACAUAGGCUCUCACCACUACAAUCCAUUUUGAAUGCAGCUGCGAGGCUAAUCUUCCUCGCUAGACGUUCAUCGUCUGCAGAUCCGCUCUGUCAGUCUCUCCAUUGUUUUACUGACAUACAAGGCUAUUAACCAAACUGCACCAACAUACAUCUCUUCACUCAUCUCAAAAUAUCUCCCUACCCGACCUCUCCGCUCUGCACAAUAUCUGCGUCUCUCAUCCACACGCAUUACUUGUUCACACUCAAAAUUACAGGACUUUAUCCGGGCUUCACCCACUCUGUGGAAUGCCCUACCACGCACAUUAAGACUCGGCUUUAGUCUCCAAACCUUUACAACGUUCCCUGAAAACUCACCUCUUCAGACAAGCCUAUCAAAUUCCAGACCCACCCACAUAACCUUCAGUGCUUCCCUAUCUAAUUACAUCCUCUCUGUACAGUAUACAUAAUAUCACAUAUCUUGUCUUUCUUUACUCUCACACCCUCCUGACACUUUGCGAACAUUGCGGAGUAUCAUCAUACAACCCAUUAAGAACCUAGCAAUCUGGUGGACCAUUAUGCAAUAGGUAGCAUCUAUCCUUGUGUAUCUAUGGCUAUUUCCCUAUAGAUUGUAAGCUUGCGAGCAGGGCCUUCCUACCUCUGUCUGUCUGUAAUUUACCCAGUUUUGUUCUAUUACUGUUGUUCUAAUUGUAAAUUGUAAUUGUAAACGGAAUAUGCUGCGCUAUAUAA